AUGGAAGUUCCAGAAAGGAAGCGUAUAAAGAAGCAGUUAACAGGUAAAAGAGAUGAUACUGCACUACAUUCAGCAGUAAGAUCUGGGAAUUUACAAGGAAUUGUAGAGAUCAUUACAAAUUGUGGUGAUGAAGAGUUGGAGGAAUUGUUGUCUAAGCAGAAUCAGUCGGGCGAAACCGCGCUUUAUGUUGCCGCAGAAAGUGGUCGAACUGAUCUCGUGGAGGAGAUGAUAAAGUUCUAUGAUCUUGGAUCUGCUGGAAUCAAGGCUAAAAAUGGUUUUGAUGCAUUUCACAUAGCUGCCAAGCAGCAAGAACUGGGAGUACUGAAGAUCCUCAUGGAGGUCAUCCCACAACUGUUGGCGACGGUGGAUCAAUCAAAUACAACAGCAUUACACACUGCAGCAGCACAAGGCCACGUUCAGGUGGUCGAUUUCCUCUUAGAGAAAAACAGCAGUCUCGCCACCAUAGCGCGAAAUAAUGGGAAAACAGCUUUGCAUUCUUCGGCAAGAAAUGGGCAUUUUGAGGUGGUGAAGGCCAUUUUAAGCAAAGAACAAGGCAUUGCUACAUGGAAUGAUAAGAAGGGUCAGACUGCUCUUCAUAUGGCUGCCAAGGGGCAUAGUAAUGAAGUAAUUGAAGCACUUGUUGCAUCAGAUCCUGCUUUAGUUACAAUGGUCGAUGGAAAGGGCAAUACUGCAUUGCAUAUAGCAACGAGAAAGGGUCGAACACAGAUUGUUCGUACCCUAGUAAAACACGAAGGGACGAAUAAAGAAGCUGUCAACAAGUCUGGUGAGACGGCCAUAGACACUGCUGAGAAAACUGGACAGUCAGAGAUUGCAUCAAUUCUUCAAGAAUAUGGAGUUCAGAGUGCAAAAUCCAUAAAAACACAACCAGCACCAACUGCAGCCAGAGAACUAAAACAAACAGUAAGCGACAUAAAACAUGAAGUUCACGACCAGAUCGAACACACACGACAAACUCGAAGACGAAUGCAAGGUAUAGCCAAAAGGCUCAAUAAAAUUCAUGCAGAAGGGCUUAACAAUGCAAUUACCUCCACUACAGUUGUUGCGGUUCUAAUUGCUACAGUUGCAUUUGCUGCCAUUUUUACACUUCCAGGCCAGUAUGCAGAUGACCCUGGAAAUGUUCCUCCUGGAUUUUCCCUAGGAGAAGCCAAUAUUGCUCCAAACAUGGAAUUUAUAAUCUUCUUCAUAUUUGACUCUCUUGCACUCUUUAUAUCAUUAGCAGUAGUUGUAGUGCAAACUUCUGUAGUAGUUGUAGAGAGGAAAGCAAAGAAGCAAAUGAUGGCAGUUAUUAACAAGCUAAUGUGGCUGGCUUGCGCGUUUAUAUCGGCCGCGUUUCUUGCUCUGUGCUACAUCAUUGUGGGAAAAGAUGAGAAGUGGUUAGCCAUUGGAGUGACCAUUAUAGGAACUUUGAUAAUGGCUACGACACUGGGUACAUUGUGUUACUGGGUGAUCAUGCACAGAAUUGAAGCUUCCAACUUGAGGAGCCUUCGAAAGUCAGCAAGAAAUAGUCGAUCACAAUCAUGGUCCGUGUCAGUGAUGACAGAUUCCGAGAUUCCUGAUGAUGAGUAUAAGAAACUGUAUGCUCUGUGA